CCCCGCCCCCCCGAGAUGCAGCCCCUCGUCUGCCAGAGCCCCCCAGCUUUGGGGGAGCGUCCCCGGGCAGGGUGUCCCCGCGACGGGGGGGUGGAGAGCGAGUGUCCCCCGCAGCUCCCCCUCUGCACCCCCCGCGUUGUUCUGGGCGGGAGGAGGAGGAGCGGGGCCAAGGGCCGGCGGGCAGGGAGCGGGCAGGAGAGCAGGCAGGGGCUGGAACCAUCUGUCAUGCUGGCGGAGCUGCUCUUCCAGGCUGCCUGUGUGUCCCUGUUGCUCUCGGGGGGCCAGGGCAGGGUGUACCCCGGGAGGAAGAAGCCGCCCAGCUUUGCCGUGGAGAGGCGCCGCGUGGGGCCCCACGUCUGCUUCUCGGGCUUCGGCAGCGGAUGUUGCCCGGGGUGGAUGCUGUCCCCGGGCAGCGGGCAGUGCACCCUGCCGCUUUGCUCCUUCGGCUGCGGCAGCGGCUUGUGCAUCGCCCCCAACCUCUGCUCCUGCCCGGAUGGGGAGCAGGGCAUCACCUGCCCAGAGCCACCGGGGACGUGCGGGGAGUACGGCUGCGACCUGUCCUGUAACCACGGCGGCUGCCAGGAGGUGGCCCGCGUCUGUCCCCUCGGCUUCUCCAUGGUGGAGACACCCAACGGCAUCCGCUGCACCGACAUCAACGAGUGCCUGAGCGCUGCCUGCGAGGGUCUGUGUGUCAACACCGAGGGCGGCUUCGUCUGCGAGUGCGGCCCUGGGAUGCAGCUCUCCGCCGACCGCCACAGCUGCCAGGAUACAGACGAGUGCCUGGCCACGCCGUGCCAGCACCGCUGCAAGAACAGCAUCGGCAGCUACCGCUGCUCCUGCCGGCCCGGCUACCACCUCCACGGGAACCGGCACUCCUGCGUGGAUGUCAACGAAUGCCGGUGGGCGGGCGAGCGCCGAGCCUGCCAGCACUCCUGCCACAACACCCCGGGCAGCUUCCUCUGCUCCUGCCGCCCCGGGUACCGCCUCAGCGGCGACAGGGUCUCCUGCGAAGGUUACCCCAAAUCCAUCCUGGCCCCGUCGCCCAUCCUGCAGUCCCUGCAGCAUCCACCCACCCUCCUCCUGCUUCCUCCCGGCUCGGGGGGUCCCCUCCUUGUCCCCAGGGGGUCCCCUUCACCCCACUUCCCUGCUGCAGCUCCUGGGACCCAAAUCCCCCCCUCCUCCCCGGCCACCCCGCGGGCGGUAGGACCCCCCGGUACCGCCACCCCAUCGUCCCCCCACUGCUGGCACCGGGGGGCUCCGCGGGAGGCCGGCACUCGCUGGACAGAACCGGGAUGCCGGAGCUGCACCUGCCAGGGGGGGCGAGUUCUGUGCGAAGCCGUGAGCUGCCCCGUCCGCUGCUCCCACCCGCUGCCCCCCCCGGCCGGGGGCUGCUGCCCCAGCUGCGCAGGCUGCCUGUACGAGGGGGUGUCCCGGGCCGAGGGCGAUGUUUUCAGCCCAUCCGAUGAGAAUUGCACUGUCUGCGUCUGUCUGUCUGGGAACAUCUCCUGCAUCUCCCCCGAGUGCCCCCCCGGCUCCUGCCCCAGCCCCUCGCCCACGGACUGCUGCUCCUGCCAGCCAGCAAAAUGCAGUUUUCGGGGCCGCACGUAUGCGCAUGGUGCCCGGUUCAGCCUGGACGGGGAUGAUUGCACCACCUGCAUCUGCCGGGGCGGUGAGGUGGAGUGCUCCUUCGCCCCCUGUCCCAUGCUGGACUGUCCCCAGCACCAGCGUCACCUGGGCCCCGGGCAGUGCUGUGUCACCUGCCGGGACCCUCCUGCCCCCACUGGUUGCUCCGUGGAUGACAACGGGGUGGCGUUUCCCGUGGGACAGAUCUGGUCUCCGGGCGAUCCCUGUGAGUUGUGCAUCUGCCAGGCGGACGGGUCGGUGAGCUGCCAGCGCACGGACUGCGUGGAGACCUGUCCCUAUCCCAUCCGCACCCCCGGGCAGUGCUGCCCCGACUGCUCCGCAGGCUGCACCUAUAUGGGCCGGAUCUUCUACAACAACGAGACCUUCCCCUCCGUGCUCGACCCCUGUCUCAGCUGCAUCUGCCUGCUGGGCUCGGUGGCCUGCUCGCCCGUGGACUGUGCCAUCUUCUGCACCUACCCCUUCCACCCCGAGGGCGAGUGCUGCCCCGUCUGUAACGACUGCAACUACCAGGGUCGGAAGGUGGUGAAUGGGCAGAGCUUCACCCCCGAGGGACAGCCCUGUACCCGCUGCACCUGCCAGCUCGGGGAGGUGAGCUGUGAGAAGAGGCUUUGUCCCCAGUCCUGCGCGGAGCCCCCCGCGCUGCCCGCUGCCUGCUGCCCCCCCUGCCCAGCUGCAGAUGUCCAGAGCAGCAACGUGUCCCUGUCCCCAUCCCAUGGGGACUCACACGGUGACACCCCACACCCCAGCCACCCGACAUCCACCCGGCCCCCCCACUACCGCCUGGCCCAGCUCCUGCUCCCCAACACAACCCCCCACGCUCCCUCUAUGAGGAGUGAAGGGGCUGGGGAGCCCCCCCUGACCACCCUGAGCCCCCCCAGAGACCCUCUGACCACCCUGAGCCCCCCCAAUACCCCCUCUGAGGCCACGGCACCCCCAGGUCCCCGCAGCUCCAGCCCCAAGGAUCAGGGACCCCCUGGGGACACAGAACCCUCUGCUGUGUCACCGGCUCCCUAGGACCCAGGUGACACAGGAGGAGGAUGAGGAUGGGGAGUGCAGGACCAGCAGGUCUGGCCAAGCAGGUCCCUCCGGGGGGGUGGGUGGCUGGGGAGGGGGUGCCAAGGAGACAAGGUGGGGUGGGGGAUGCUCCUGGCCGGGCUGGGGUGUCCCAAGCCAGCCCCAAACUGCAGCAUGUGCCCCUGGGAGGGGACAAAGUGCCACUCUGUCACCAAUAAAGUCGCCCUGUUAUUUA